GAAGCAAAAAAACAAAAAACAGAAACAGAAACAGAAAACCAAAAGAUUUCUGAAAGAAGAAAUCUUUUGCAUUUUUUGUUUUUGUUUUUUGUUUUCGUUUUGUUUUGUUCCAACCAACCAACCAACCUCGAUUUCCCAGAUUUAAUUUAGUGUUAUUGGAGCUUUUGGAUCAAUCAGUUUUUGUUGGAUCCUUUGAUCCUAUUAACAAGGAUUCAUAAUGGGGAAGCUCUAGUUCAAGAUCAAUUCCUGGAUUUCUAUUGGAUUGGUAGCAAUCUGAUAGAAAUUCAGCAUUUUCUUUCUAUCUUUCCAAAUUGUUGUUCUUAUCUUGAAGCCUUUUGAUUUUGAUUUACAAGCCCAGAAAAAAUGGAUCAAUUCCGGCAGAUUGGGGAGGUUGUGGGGAGCAUGAAGGCGUUAAUGGUGCUAAAACACGACAUUUUAAUCAACCAGAGGCAAUGCUGUGUCCUAUUCGACGUUUGUGUUCAGGCGUUCGACAACAUCUGUGACGAGAUCAAACAGAAUUUAAGGUUGGACGAGAGGAGCACGAAAUGGAAGCCGCUGGAGCUCCCCCUGAGGGAGCUGCAUUGGAUCUUCAAGGAAGCGGAAUCGUACAUGAGGAACUGCAUAGACAUGAGGAACUGGCUGGGGAAGGCGAUCAGCCUGCAGUCGAGCAGGGAUUGCGUGGAGUUCCACGUUCACAACGUGGUGUCGUGCUUCGUGGUGGUGAUCGAGGCCAUCGAGGCGGCUGCAGAGGUCUCGGGGCUGGACGAGGAGGACAUGCAGAAGCGGAGGCUCGCUCUCUUGAAAAAGUAUGGCCCAGAGUGGAACGAGGCGAGGCUGUUCCAGUGGAAGUAUGGGGGGCAGUAUUUAGUCUCCCGGGAGAUGUGCAGCCGGUUGGAGAGCGUGUGGAACGAGGACCGGUGGCUGCUGCUCGAGGCGUUGAGGCAGAAGAAACAGAAUAAAUUGGUUGAGGAUUUGAUCAAGAAGCUCGAUAGACCGGACAAGAAUCUUGCCCCCAUUCCUACCAAGCUUUUACCCACUUCCCUGCUGUUAGAAGCCAAUGAUUAUUAUGUGAAACGACGAAUAGGGACGCCCGGGAGCCACCUCAAGGAGAUCCAGUGGCUCGGGGAGAGUUUCGCUUUGAGAACGUUUUAUGGAGAAAUCGGGGCAAUUAGGCCCGAGAUAGCCAUGGUUAUGUCGCUCUCGCACCCGAAUGUGCUGCAAUACCAUUGUGGAUUCCAUGAUGAGGAAAGGAAAGAAGGGUUUCUUGUAAUGGAGCUAAUGAGCAAAAGUUUGGAUAUGCACAUAAAGGAGAAUUCCGGUCAGAGGAAAAGAAUGUCAUUUUCUACUCCAAUUGCAGUUGAUGUUAUGCUUCAGAUUGCAAGAGGAAUGGAGUAUUUACACUCAAGAAGUAUUUUCCAUGGAGAAUUGAACCCAUCAAAUAUUCUGCUAAGGCCAAUGAAUUCCCCAGCAGAGAAUUAUUUCCACACAAAAGUUUCCGGUUUCGGUUUAUCUCAGCUGAAAAGCCAAUACACUCUUAGAAGCUGCCCGAGGGCUAGUGUGGUUGAUCCGGUGAUAUGGUACGCCCCGGAAGUUCUAGCAGAGCAAGAGCAGCCCCGGGGCAGUAAAACCGCCAGCGCGAAAUUCUCAGAGAAAGCUGAUGUCUACAGCUUCGGGAUGUUGUGCUUCCAGAUUUUGACCGGGAAAGCGCCUUUCGAAGACGGGGAGAGGCCUCUUCAAGGGGACAAAAUGGUGCACACCUUGAUGGCCGGGGAGAGGCCUCUUUUCCCAUACCCGUUGCCAAAGUACCUUACAAACGUGAUCAGAAAAUGCUGGCAGACUUCACCAAAUGCCCGCCCUAGUUUCUCCUCCAUCUGCAGGAUUCUGCGGUACAUCAAGAAGGUCCUCGUUAUAAACCCCGAGCACGGGCAGCCUGAUUGCCCGCCCCCUCUCGUGGAUUAUUGUGACAUUGAAGCCGGGUACGCGAGGAAGUUCCCCGCGGAUAACAUCCCGGGGGUUUUACCUGCAGUAUCCGAAAUCCCUUUCCAGAUGUUUGCUUAUAAGCUGGUUGAGAAGGAGAAAAGUUUAGGGAAUGAUAGAUUUGCAGUGAAGGCAAAUGAUGACCAUCUGGUUUCCAUAGACGAUCUCUGCCUCAUCCCGAACAAUGAAACCCGAGGAAGAAGAAGAUCAACCUGCUCAGAAAUCAUUGACAGGAAUGACCUGGGAACUUUUGCAGAUCAAAGAUCUGUCAUCUCUGAGAUCCUGCAUCCAAAAAAGCUCAUGUUGUCUGAUAACAUUUUAGACCUAUCUGACAAUCUUUUAACCACAGCUGACGACGAAACUCCAGCUUUCGCAGAUACCCCCGAAUGGAAGCUUCUAUCCGCAUUGCCACCUGAUCAUCACCAAUCUUCGCCUCGCGUCGAGACACCAGUAAACAAAAUCCUUUCAUCAUCUACAAGCACCAGGAAACAAAGUCCUCGCGUCGAGAGAGUAAUGUCUUCCAAACCAAAAGUUCAACCGAGGGUUCUGUCCUCUGAUUCUGCAGAGAAGAAACACUCGACAGCUGAUCAGAAAGAGGCCGCGGGGAAGAAGGAUUCGGUUGCAACUGAAUCGACACCGAAGAAACUCUUGAGAACCAUGAAAACCAAAUUCAGACUAAGUAAGAUCCCGGAAAAGAAAACACUCAGUUCACCAAACAGCCAAUCUUCAAAUUCUCCUGAGACUGAUCAUAAAGCAAUCCCUCUAAAGCCAACCAAACCAAAAGUAUCAUUGAAGAAUGCUAUCUUCCACCAUAACUUGAAAGGCGAACAGUCCAGCAAAGAAACCGGGAAGAUGAAAUAUAAGUCCCCCGGGGCUUCGCCUGCAAGGCUGACAAGAGCGAAUUCGUUGGGACUCCAUGCUGCAUCAUCGCCAUUUUCUUCGCCAAUGCAUCCCUUCAAACCAUGCUCUCCAGCAAGAGUUACUCCUUCGAUACGAGGCUUGAAUGCCUCUGCAUCUCCGGGAUUCAGAGGAACUAAAGAUAAAUCGCGGGAACUGUAUAUGAGCCCGCGUGGACAGAUCAAAGUUCCAGCCUAAGACACACCACAAAGAUAUGCCUUCAAUCUUUUAGGCCUUUGCAAUAAAUAUUUUUGCAUGCACAUUGGUAUAGACCUUUGUGUUUUUUUCUGGAGAUUCAUCCACCUUCCACCACUUUUGUAAAGAGAGAAAAGGUUUCAAAUUAGAACAUUAUGUUCAAAGUUGAAGUUUUUUCUUUUAUGUUCAUUAAUCACUAUAUUGCAAAGGCAAUCCCCUUAAUAGAUCCUCAUGGAAACAUCCCAAUGUUCACUUAAUUCUUGGAUUGUUUAAUGAAACCAUAGUAUGUGAUGAUGUGAUUUAUUUUAA